AUGCACCAUGUUCGCAGUGCUGCGCCUGAAGAUUCAGACCCAGAUCGUGAACUACGUGAAUCCACGGUUCGUGAAUUUCAACGAGCCGCUACUGCUCGCGAGCACAGUGGGCUUGACUUGUGCACUGCGCUUUGCAGCUUUCCGGUACUCAUGUGGAAUGUCAUGGAGGAGAUGCAGGUGGAGAGCGAUAACAAUGCACACGAGGUCCCGGUCAUCAAAGGCCUGCACGUGCUCUCCGAUAUCGACUGGGUGAGCAAGUACCGGGAGGACAUCACGACACCUUCGUUCUCCGUGCGGCAGACACUCCUGAGACCACUCAGCGUUCUUCUCCAGGAGCAGGGCUGCGACAGUCAAGACCUGAAGCUGAAGGAGGAUGCGAAGACACUGGAGUUGGCCUUCGCUCGCCUCUGCCGGAAGCACAAGGAGCACAUCUCCAUGGAGCAUCCCGACACCAGUUUUCAAGGAACCUCGGAAGGGCUGCGGCGUGCUGCCCAGAUUGAGUGGGGCAAGAUCCUCUAUGCCAGCGGAGCCCGCACGGAUGCCCUUCGCCACACGCGACUUUGGGCGCAGCACGACGCGAAAGCUCGAUUGUUGGGGACUCGUUGGGCCUCGGAUGCUUUGCUGCUGCUUCCCAAGGUCGCCGAGGUGGAGUUCCAGGAGGCGAAGGAGCAGCUUCGGGACUCGGAGGCUGCUUACUUCUACCACGCCUCGUACUUGGACGGCCUGCUGAAGGGGCAGAUCAGCGAAGCCGAAGCCAAAGCGGCCCGAAACGAGAAUUGCCCUUUCGAUCGCAAGAACCUCGUGACCUUCACGGUUCGCGGAUACCUCCAGGCGCUGCAGAGAGGAACAAAGCGAGUCCACUUUAUUCUCAACCGCGUCCUGCAGCUUGCUUGGGAGUGCUGCGAGGUGGACUUCUACAAGGCCGACGUGAACUCAGAGCUCGCAAGCGAGGGGAGAAGGCUGAUGCCAUGGAUGUGGUACACCGUCUUGUCCCAGCUCAUCAGCCGUGCCCUUCAUCCAGACAUGAGGUGCUUCAGCUGCAUGGAAAGGUCCAGGGUGUUGGAGUGGAGGCUUUGGGUCGUAAGCUAA